CCUCCCCCACCACCCGGCAACGUGAGGCAGGAAAUCUCGCGAGGUUUGAGGGCUCUGCGAGCUCUGGUCGCUGGCGAUCAGUGGAGGUGUUCCUCCGGCCAGUGAUGGGGCUGAGCUCCGCUGACCCCUGCAGCCGCCCCUCAACUGACAGUCCCUGCUGGGUUCUGCGUCUGCUGGCCGAAGAAGCUGAAGAGGCGAGAGGAGUCUCUUCCCUUGGGUGCUUAGGUUCCUGCUAGCAGAGGCUUUGAGUCGUAACGCCACAACUGACGGCUGCGAGGGAUUGAGACCAGAGUAAUUCUCCUUGGAAGUUAAGAGAAAGGACAGGGCAUUGUUGGAAUCCAGUGUCUUCCUUGGAGCAGCAUCUUAGACAGGUUUUCCUUUAGAAAUGAGUUGCACAAUUGAGAAGGCACUAGCUGAUGCCAAAGCUCUUGUUGAAAGAUUGAGAGAUCAUGACGAUGCAGCAGAAUCUCUGAUUGAGCAAACCACAGCUCUCAAUAAGCGAGUAGAAGCGAUGAAGCAGUAUCAGGAAGAAAUUCAAGAACUUAAUGAAGUUGCAAGGCAUCGGCCACGGUCCACAUUAGUUAUGGGAAUCCAGCAAGAAAACAGACAAAUCAGAGAACUGCAACAAGAGAACAAAGAAUUACGUACAUCCCUGGAAGAACAUCAGUCUGCCUUGGAACUUAUAAUGAGCAAGUAUCGAGAGCAAAUGUUUAGACUGCUAAUGGCCAGCAAAAAAGAUGAUCCGGGUAUAAUAACGAAGUUAAAAGAACAGCACUCCAAGAUUGACAUGGUACAUCGUAACAGCUCCGAAGGAUUGUUCCUUGAUGCAUCUCGACACAUCUUUGAAGCAUCUCAACAUGGACUGGAGAGGAGGCACUUGGAAGCAAAUCAGAAUGAAUUACAAGCACAUGUUGAUCAGAUAACGGAAAUGGCAGCAGUAAUGAGGAAAGCUAUUGAAAUUGACGAGCAACAGGGUUGCAAGGAACAGGAGCGAAUAUUUCAACUUGAACAAGAAAACAAAGGCUUGAGAGAGAUCCUUCAAAUAACUCGAGAAUCAUUUCUGAACCUUAGGAAGGAUGAUAUGUCUGAAAGUUCAUCUUUGUCAGCAUUAGUGACCAAUAGUGACCUGAGUCUGAGGAAGAGCUGAAGAGCCUGUAAGUGUGUGAGCUUCUUACAAGGCUCUAAAUGGUCACCAGGACUGGUCUACUAAAGUGAAUGAAUUAACAGAAAAAUCUGUCUCAAGCUACCCUUUGCUUUUUUUUUUUUCUACAGUAUGUACAGUGCACUGGCAAUGAUAAUUCUUGAGAUAGCAACAAAAAAAUGCAUAGUUAAUGGUCAUAGACUUUAUUCCAAAAUAAAAUUUAAAAUAGAAACUUUGUUAAUGGAUGAACAAACUAAAGAUUUUCUGAGUGCUAAACUGUCAAGAGCUUCGAGCAGCGCAGGUGGCAUUCUGGAUGACACUUGGGUAAGCCCGACUAUCCCCAGUAAAUGUUUGGGAGUUCAUGAAAUUAUUCACAUUUUGCCACAGUUUUAUGAAGAAAGAUUGUCAUACUAAAUUUUAUUUCUCCUCCUUGUAUGGCAUCGGAGUUAAGAGAGAGCUUUACGUACCAUGAGACUUCAGCUUUAAUGAUUGCCUGUCUACCUUCCCAGAAAUGUAAAUUUUUGUCAAAGAAAAUUCAGUUAGCAAGGCCAUAAGAAUGUUUUAUGUGCACCAUAAACAAGAGGUGAUUUCAUUUUAGCUAACUUGCCAUAGUUAAAAUAGCUAACAAUUGUCCAUAAGUUCCUUAAGUAUAGGAAAUAUUUCAGGAAUGAAAGAGAAAGAAUAUUACUUUCUAAGAAAGAAGAUCUUAGACAUAUUAGUAGGUUAAACUACUCCUUUGAAAGAUUUAAGUUUUGGUUCUAAAUCAGUAAUGAAGAUGAGAUUUUUCUCUUCUCUGGUUGAUCUUAAGGAUAUUAUGUAGCUCUUAGCUGAAAGAGUUGAAAUGUUUGAUACAGCAUAGGUAAGGUAAUUUCAGAGUAAAUUAAGAAUUGUUCUGCCUCACUGAACCCUUUUUUAAAAGUUUUUUUUUUUUUUAAGUAUUCUUAAGAGAUACAGAAAGUAAGUUAAAAUUUCAAAAAAAAAAUUGUUUUCUGGAUCUAUUCUUAACCUCUAUUUGGUCCUCAUAACCUGUAAGAUUUUUCUUAUAACCGCUCAAAGGGGGGUGAGGGGAAGGAAGUCUAUGGAUUUAUAAGUAUUUUAUUUUUUACAAAAUAUAUAUCCAGUAUGUAAAUUUUUAAAAGCCACUAGACAUAAAUGUACUUUAACAUGAGUUGAAAUCUAAAUUUUUCUUAUUUUGUGAUUAUAGAAUAAAAAGGAUAAAAGAAAAAUGUCACAUAUGAUUAAAUAUAUUCAUUUAUAUUAAAAUUAGCACAAUAGAAAAUUCCACUUUGGGGUAUAUAAUUUGUUAAGGAAAUACUCACAUGGUAAUUUUUGUGUAUAAUUUCAUAUAUUGAUAAAAUUGAAAACUACUUUUCACCUUGGAAUUUUCUAUCCUAAGUUUGGGGUGAGUAGGGUCGAUGGGGCUGACUGAAAAGGGCUAAUGGCCCAAACAUUGAACAGAUUCUCAGAGGCCUUAAUUGAUAUUUUAUAAAUGACAGUUUUUAUUUUAAACUUUUCUGUUGGUUUUGGGGUAAGUAUCUGUUAAUUUGGUGACACAUUCAUUCAUACAGUUUUUAUCCCAAGUCAGAAUUAAAAUAAGCUACACAGUUGAGAUUAAGUCUGAGGCAAUUCAUUGAGGCAGCUCUGUUACAAAAUGUUACUUGAUAGUUAUUUUUAUAAAUAAGUUAAUUUAUUCUUGGUCUUCUUACUUGGAUAUAAUUUUAAGAUCUUGGUGUUUAAAGACAUUUACUUCACUAUAUAGCAACAGUUUUCCAUCCAUAUCUUUUUUUAAAGUAAAACCUUAAAUUUAUGUCUGAGAGUGUGUACUGCAUAGGAGCCAUUUUAUUAAUAAAGACAAACAGUUGAAAUUGA